UCCUGUGGUCCUCGCUCCGGUCUGGCAGACAGCUGAGGCGGGUAUUUAUCAUCAGCACGACCACGGAGCGGCUGUGAGACUCAUAAUGCAUGGGGGCAAGAGAGGACUGGUGGCUCCGCAGAACACCUUUCUGGAAAACAUCGUCCGGCGCUCCAGCGAAACCAGUUUCCUGUUGGGAAAUGCACAGAUCCUGGAGUGGCCGGUCGUUUACAGCAACGAUGGAUUCUGCAAACUGUCCGGAUAUCACAGAGCUGAAGUCAUGCACAGGAGUAGCUCAUGCAAUUUCAUGUACGGUGACCUGACCGAUAAGAAGACUAUCGACAAAAUCAGAAAGACCUUUGACAACUAUGAGUCCAAUUUCUUUGAAGUGCUGCUCUACACAAAGAACAGAACACCCAUAUGGCUCUACAUGCAGGUAGCUCCGAUCAGGAAUGAGAAUGACAAGGUGGUGCUUUUCCUCUGUACCUUCAGAGACAUUACACUCUUCAAACAGCCGAUUGAAGAUGAAGCAACUAAAGGAUGGCCGAAGUUUGCCAGACUGACACGGGCGCUGACCACCAAUCGCAACCUGGUGCAGCAGAUAGCACCGCUGAGCAAGACUGAGGUCAGCCAUAAGCCCUCCAGACUGGCUGAGGCUCUCCAGCUGGGAUCAGACAUCCUCCCUCAGUACAAACAGGAGGCCCCUAAGACCCCUCCACACAUCAUCCUCCACUACUGCACCUUCAAGACCACCUGGGACUGGGUCAUCCUCAUCCUCACCUUCUACACCGCCAUCAUGGUGCCCUAUAACGUCUCCUUCAAGACAAAGCAAAACAAUUUAGCUUGGCUGGUGGUGGACAGUGUCGUGGACGUCAUCUUCCUGAUCGACAUUGUACUUAACUUCCACACCACCUUUGUGGGUCCUGCUGGAGAGGUCAUUUCAGACGCCAAGCUCAUACGAAUGAACUACCUGAAGACGUGGUUCGUUAUCGACCUACUGUCCUGUCUGCCCUAUGACAUCAUCAAUGCCUUUGAACAUGUGAAUGAGGAUGUCGUCACAUCUGCUUCUCGAUCAAGUCAUCUCCACGAGUCUUCAGUUUUCCACAGGAAUACCACACGAACAGAGGACUCUGUACUCCCAGGUCUCAGCAGCCUGUUCAGCUCCCUGAAGGUGAUCCGCCUGCUCCGGUUGGGCCGAGUGGCCCGAAAGUUGGAUCACUACCUGGAGUAUGGAGCAGCUGUCCUUGUUCUGCUGGUGUGCGUCUUUGGUCUGGUGGCCCACUGGCUGGCCUGCAUCUGGUACAGCAUCGGCGACUACGAGGUGAUCGAUGAGACCACCAACACCAUUAAGACAGACAGCUGGCUCUACCAGUUGGCCCUGAGCAUUGGAACUCCUUACCGCUACAACACCAGUGGCACAGGACAGUGGGAGGGAGGUCCCAACAAGGACACGUUGUAUAUUUCUUCUCUCUACUUCACCAUGACAAGUCUCACCACCAUUGGAUUUGGCAACAUUGCUCCGGCUACAGAUGGCGAGAAGAUUUUCUCCGUGGCUAUGAUGAUGGUGGGCUCACUGCUGUAUGCAACCAUCUUUGGAAACGUCACCACCAUCUUCCAGCAGAUGUACACCAACACAAACCGCUACCACGAGAUGCUCAACAACGUGCGUGACUUCCUGAAGCUUUAUCAGGUUCCCAAAGGUCUGAGUGAGAGGGUCAUGGACUUUAUCGUCUCCACCUGGGCCAUGUCUAAGGGCAUUGACACAGAUAAGGUUCUCUCAAUUUGUCCCAAAGACAUGCGGGCGGACAUCUGUGUCCACCUCAACAGGCAGGUGUUCAACGACCACCCGGCGUUUCGUCUGGCCAGCGACGGCUGUCUGCGCUCUCUAGCUGUGGAGUUUCAAACCACGCACUGUGCACCAGGAGACCUCAUCUUCCAUAUCGGAGAGAGCGUUGACACUCUCUGCUUUGUAGUCUCUGGUUCACUAGAAGUCAUCCAGGACGAUGAGGUCAUCGCAAUACUAGGUAAAGGUGAUGUGUUUGGAGACGUGUUCUGGAAAGAGACCACGAUGGCCCGUGCAUGUGCAAAUGUCCGAGCUCUGACUUACUGCGAUCUACACGUGAUCAGGAGAGACGCUCUGAUGAGAGUGCUGGAGUUCUACACUGCAUUCGCCAAUACAUUCUCCCGCAACCUCAUCCUCACCUGCAAUCUACGAAAACGGAUAAUCUUCAGAAAGAUUGCUGAUGUGAAGAGGGAGCAGGAACGCCAGAGGAACGAGGUGACUCUCUCCAUUCCUGACGAUCACCCAGUCCGCAAGCUGUUCCAGAGGUUCAGGCAGCAGAGAGACGCUCAAACACCAGGAGAGUCUCACACUUACUUUGAUCAAAACUGUGUGCAGGUGGAGCCGCAGCACCACCAUCGCUCCGACUCAAACUCUUACAUGCAGUGUCAGUCCGUGUCUUCUCAGCAGCAGGAGUACAGCUCUGCGAUGCAGAAUAAUGCACCCUGCACAGGAGGAGGGAAUUCAGGCAGCGGCUCCAGUAUUGCUGCACCUCCACAAAAAUUGGUCCACACUGAGACGUCAACACAAAACUGCACAAAAGAGGCUGGGGAAUCUAUAGCGAGGCCGUGUGCAGAGAGUCAGCUUUGUCAGAGGGUCAACAGCCCUGCACGGAGCAGUGGUGCAGGUGGAGAAGGAGCUGUAGGUGGUGUCACCAGCAGCAGAGGUGCUCGAGGCUGGGCAAAGUUUAGAAACGCAGCAUCGGCUGCACCACCUGCACCACCUGCACCACCGCCUCCUGCUGUCGAGCCUGAAAAGAAGCCACAGAAAGCAGAAGAGUGGCCCAAGGGAUCCCAGUCCUCAGAACAAUUAGCAGCCACAAACAAGAACCAGGACUCUGAGGAAAGUGCAGAGAUGGGGAGCACAGAGGGGGGCAACGGUGCUGGAGAGGCAGGUGAUGAAAUAAGCGCCCUGCACAAAACUGACUCCUGUGACAGUGGUAUCACAAAGAGCGACCUACGCAUUGACCGAGCUGGAGAUUCAAGAAGCUCAUUUGAAAGAAGCCCGCUGGAAAAGAGCCCGAUGGAGAAAAACCCAUUUGAGCACAGUCUCGGGGUCGACUCCCUCAAACACUCUUUUGUUCAGCCGGUGUCUGAGCAAGCGCUCCUUCAAGCCACCCUACAUGAGGCCAAGCUGGAGCUGAAGGGAGACAUUCAGAAACUGAGUGGCCGCCUGUCGGUCCUCGAGACUCAGGUGGGCGAGAUCCUCAGGCUGCUGUCGUUAAAAAGAAGACUCUCACUGCCACCGACUUCUUCACCGAAGGCCAGAGUGAGAAAUCAAGACUCAGUGGCUGCCUCCACUGCGGUUACACCGAAAGUAGAUGAAGGGCCUUUUUGA